GUGCGGGGUAUCCUGUCAACUCAGAACGAUGCGCUUGCAGGCACUUUUGCUACUUGUUUUGUUCCAGUGGUCCAUCUCAUCCCAUGGUAAAUGUCUUUACUUUUUUCAAAACAGAUUUUCUUUAUGUUGAAAGACUGCCUUUCAAAUUAGCUCGCGAUAUUCCAUGGUGCGAUUCAUCCUGUACAUUAAGUUUCUACAGCACUAUCAUGCGUACAGAUAAUAGUGAUCCAUUUUCAUGGAAAGUCUGUUAAAAGUCUGUUUUACACACUAUACUUUAUUUUCAUACACAUCAUUUUGCCGUCUCCGCCCGGAAAUAGCAAAUAGCAAAAAGAUUCUUUGCAGAUGACUUAAAUAAUUAACCCUAAAAUUGGGAGGUAGAUAUUGGUUUAAAUUGUGUUUAAUUAUUUUUUUUUUUUUUACAUAGACUGUUCCAUGCUUACGUACCUUAAACAGAAUUUCUAGUGUUUGUGCAUUUUGUCUACUUCCUUUGAGUUUCUCCUUUAAUGAUGUUUUCAGUUUUCGUCUUUUAUUUCAAAUCGUUUUAGGUUUUCUCAGUUCCAAUCUCUUCGUAAGAUUGUAUUUCCUAGUUGGAUUGUUACUGCUGGUUCAUUUGUUCAGUGGAUGCGCAUACGCUAUUCACAUUUACCACGUACAUUUCGAGAAAUAAGAAGAACGGUUUUGUUAAUUUGUGUCGCAGAAAAGUCUCGAAUCCUAGCUAUAUUGAAAAGUUGUUAUUUCAAGGAGCCCAAAAUCCUGUUGCCUUGUAAUUAAAACAAUCAAAUUAAGGCAAUACGUUCAUGAUAGAAAUAUGCAUUCAUUAUACUCUGUUCGUGACGAAAAUCAUGAACGUAUGUUACCCUCAACCCCACCUCCAGCCCCAUUCAACCGUACAAUGGUAGGGAAAAAAAUAAGGAAAUAAUUAUUAUCUGAAAUUUAAAAGUUUUGUUAAUAAUUGAUUAAUAGACAAUUAAUAGACGAUAUAAGAUACUUUUAAAGUCUCUAAAUUAUUUCGCCGUACAUUGACUGCUGCUGUGCAGUGUGAAAUAAGUGACUGGCUUGGCCAUUCAGUGUGGCUUUAAUGAGCAUACUAGGCUCGGGAGAGGGUAGAUUACCUAAUUCUUGCUAUUUUACAAAUCUUAUCACGUUUCACACCACAGCACCAUCCAAAUUGCUUUUGAGCAAUUUUGAGGCCUUUAAAAUGCUUGCAUAAUUACUAUAAUAAUUUCCUUUUCUUCAUUUUCAGUUGCUGUCUUGGAUGCUGUGGAAUCUCAAGAUCGUAAGUUAUUGUCCUGAGACCAGGAUCCGCAGUGGGGAAAUAUCGGCGAGCAAAACGAGCCGAGCGGUAGUCUGGGGAGGGGUUAAGGUGCUUUAACUGUCCCCUCUCCAGUUCGCAGAGCUGCUCGGCUCUCUUUACUCACCCUUUUUUUUGCUAUCAUGGAGCCUGGCCCCAGCCACUUAAGUUAUAACUGUCUUACAAAUACUGUACUAUAUCAGACACAGUAAAUGUGGAAUUAUUUGGCGCGGGAUGACAAUGACUGCUUUAACUGUUUAUGAUUAAUUUGACAUCUGUUUAUUACUAAUUCGAAAUUUACGAGGAUUUUUAUAAAAAGCCACUGAAGUGUGACUGGGUAAUUUUCGGCGGGCGUUGCAAUCGUUUUUUUUGAGAUAUACGUCUUAAAAUUCACAGUUACUUAAUUUUAAAAUGCUCUUUCAGUUCCCGCAAACAAAAUAUUCCAAAAGUGAACUGUUUUCAUGUUUAAAGAAAAGUUGAUCACGUGACUAACUAUUGCAAAAAGCCUAUUACGCUGGAUAAUAAUGAAAAGAGUAAUUUCCAUUUCUUUUAGAUUAAAUACCCUAAAGCUAGUUCUGUUAACAUUUGAUUGUGAAGCUGGCGUUAGUUAAACAAGUUGCAACUUGUGUGAAUAGAAUAGAACCGUUGUUGAACUGUUCUAAUUCAGCAACGUUCAGCAGCGUUCAAAAUUUCAUAUCGGGCGUAUUGCAGCAUUUAAGUGGCAUAAUACGUAGAUUACGCUGCUUUGUUGAAUAACAUGCACAGUUACAAAAUUAAGUGAUCACUUCAAAGCAGUUUUGUCUUCAUUGCUUUUGCCAUAGUUUUUAUCUAAGGUGACGUUGAUCAUUCGUUGAAUUUUUUUUUUUUUUCGAACUGAAUGUUGUAGCCUGUGGUGGAGCUGGAGUUACCAUCAGCGGGUCAUCAAGUGGAUUUGUCGCAAGCCCCAACUUUCCAAACAACUUUGAUCCACAAAAGAUAUGUGUUUGGACUAUCACAGUUCCAAGUGGGCGAGUCAAGUUGUCCUUCUUGAAUUUCACUUUAGAGAAAGGUCAGAACACAUAUUGUUCAGGCCCAAAUUUUGGUGGCGCCAGUCUUAUAAUCACGAAUGUUGCGUCAGAUGAUGGCCGCAGUCCAUUCCGGCUGUGUGGCCAAUCAAUACCUGAUCCUGUGUACUCAGAUACAAGCUCCAUUCAGAUUACAUUGAUAACAUCCACCAAUGCACUCCCAGGAUUCAACGCUUCGUAUGAGACAGUUACUAAUGACAUGCGUAAGUUCCUAUAGUCUUUGUUCACAGGUCCCGUCAUAUCAUACUAUUACAUAUUUUCAUAUCAUCAUCAUAUCCUACUAUUACAUAUUUUCGUUUAAUAAAUGAUUAUCAUUUUUUACAGAAUUUAUUCCCAGAAACAUUUAAUUCACAAAGAGCAUCUAUUUAAAAUAUCUAAGGCCGCGAAGAAUGUCUCGUAGCCAGCCCAUAGAUUUCAAUCCGUGGUGCUAACGAAAGGAUCCCAGCUUUGGAGAUGGUGCAUAUCGCAGUUAAAAUCCAUGUAAGGAAGGUUUAAACCCCCAUGGCCUCCUGCAGAAAGAACUGGAGGAAGGUAGUCCCCAAGAUUAGAGCAAACGAACUACAAAAAAAUCCCCACAGUUCCUAUAGUUAACUUUGAAACAAUGACACAGCUUUUGCAGCUGCAAAAAACAGAAGUCUUAAAACUGAAUUCAAGCUCGUGCAAGAUUCAAACCCUUGACCUCUGGGAUCAUGGGCGGUGCAGCACUCUACCAAUUGAGCUUACCGCGGAUUUCAAGAGAUAGGGAUGAUCGACCAGGGACAAAAAUCAAAACCAAAAAAAUCCCAGGGGCUUCAAACAAACCCCCCCCCCCAAAAUCCCUGGAUCAAAAUUUAACCCCCGAAAAAUCCCAUGCAUGCCGAAUUUCCGAGCCAUAAAAAUUUCCAGAACUCAGAGACAGUCGCAAAACAGCUUUGUUUUUAUUUUAAUCACGGAAGUAUCACGCGGGAGCUAUCACGAAUUUUCAGAUUGUUUUGAAUACCCAAGAAAAUCUGUAGUUUAAUCAAGCUACCCGAAAAAAUUCUUAACAAAAUUUUCCUACCCAAAAAAAUCCCAAAAUCAAAAUUUCAAACCCCAAAAAGUCCUUGGAUCAUCCGUGUCACUUGAAAUCCGGAUUAUCCCCGCUGGGCAGCGGGUAGUCUUUGAGUUGGCUCGUUAUAAAUUGAUGACGAGCGACGAUGAAAUAAUAAGUAAAUGAAAAUCAUAUACUUUAUCUUUAAGUGUGCCCAAGAGCUUUGAACGUGACGAAACUGUCAGGUGUUAUCAGCAGCCCAUUCUAUCCAAGGAAGUAUCCAGUUAACCAAAACUGUUUCUGGGAAAUCACUGCAAGCAAAGGCAAGCAUGUUAAGUUAGAAAUAACAGACAUGCAAAUUCACAGAUGUGGAUCAGAGGGAGCUUGUACGUGUGAUUAUUUGGAAAUUCGGCAUGGAUUUCUGGGUUCGAGUUUGACACCAGGUGCUGCAAGUGGGAAACUAUGUGUUGAUGACUCAUUUACUCCUCAGACAUAUUAUUCUACCAAUGAGCGCCUUAGUGUUAGGUUCUUUGCUGAUCGUAUAGCCUCAAAGCAACAUAGAGGAUUUACAGCAACUUACACUCAGCUAAACUUCACCCCUCCAGGUAUGUCUUUCUUAUUUCAAAUUAUUAUCAAAGUAGCGUAAUUUCCCUGUGUUGUAAUUUUGAAUCCUAAACAUAGCUUUUGCAAUACUGUAUGUGUUUGUAUGGUCAUGCAAAUAUAGAUCGUUGUUGUUGUUGUAUAUUUCAAAUCCAUUUUGAACCAAAUUUUUAUGUUCGAUGUAACCGUGGCGUUUCAAUAGUUUCUUUCUCAGCAGCGUGUUAAUCAAGCAAAUUAGCUGUAGGAUACUAUUUAGGGACUCUUUAGAUCAAUUUUUUGUAUAGUGUAGUUAGUUAGUUGCGUAGUCAUUCUUAUCUUAAUUUAGUUUUUAUCCUUAUAUUAUGUUAUUUUGAAAGGACCCCUUUGAUAACAGUGCUCUUGCACUGAAGGGCUAUCCUGUAUGAAUAUUCGUUAUUAUUAUUAUUAUUAUUAUUAUUAGAAAAUGGUUCAGGUAUUUAAAAAAAUAGUUGUCUCAUGUAUAAACAAGAAGUUGCUCAAAUUAUUUAAAUUUCACCAGAAAGGCACUAUCACCCUGAGUCAACGUAAGAAACUGAGAACCACUUGGUAAACCCUUUAUUUCGUUUAAAUAAAUGAACUAUAGCCACUGGUAGCCAUUGGUUUUUCAUUAAGUGAAAUAUAUGAAUGCAGAAAUGAUCUUUUUUUAGAAUGCCCUUCGGCUGCUAUCCAGCUGUCUGGUAAUGGAUCAUUCAGCAGCCUCAAAUACCCUGUCGCGAACUACCCCUCAGGCAGAACUUGUUUCUGGAUCAUUACUGCAUCUCUUGGAAAACGUGUAAAGGUACAAAUCAUAGAUUUUCAGAUGGGCCUAUGCGAUGAUUGCAGCUCUAAUAUUUGUAGCCGCUUGGAGUUCUACGAUGGUCCUACGGCAAAUUCGUCGUCCUUGGGUCGUCUGUGCACCAACUCGGAGCUCACAGCAAUGAUCUCAAGUGGUAACCAAAUGUUUGUUAAAUUCUAUUCGUCGUUCACACCAGAUCGAGGUUUUCUAGCAGAGUACUCCGAAUCUCAUGAACCGCCUUCACCAACAUCAACGCAUACGUCGUCGCCAACAAGU